CUUCUUCCUCUCACUUUCUUUCACCAUGGCUUUCCCUUUACUUUUCCUCCUCUUCCUCUCCAUUCCCUUCUCACAAUCCGCCAAUCUAUCCCUCGAUUACUACAACAAAACAUGCCCAGACUUGGACAGAAUCAUACGCGAAGCAGUCACCACCAAACAAAUCUCCAACCCCACCACCGCCGCAGGCAUCCUCCGUGCCUUCUUCCACGAUUGUGUGGUUGACGGCUGCGACGCCUCCGUCCUCAUCUCCUCUAAUUCCUUCAACAAGGCCGAGCGCGACGCUGAUCUCAACCUCUCCCUUUCAGGUGAUGCGUUUGAUCUCAUUGUUCGAGUGAAGACCGCCCUCGAGCUUGCUUGCCCCGGCAUCGUCUCGUGCGCCGACAUCCUUGCUCAAGCUACACGCGACCUUGUCACCAUGGUCGGCGGCCCUUACUACAAAGUCCUUCUGGGGCGGAAAGAUGGCCUUGAGUCGAAAGCAGAACGUGUAGAAGGAAACAUUCCAAGACCGACCAUGUCCAUUAACCAAAUCAUCAAAAUGUUCAUGUCAAAAGGGUUUACAGUACAAGAAAUGGUUGCUCUAACGGGAUCACACACCAUUGGAUUCAGUCACUGCAAGGAAUUCUCCGACAGGAUUUUCCAUUACAACGAGACCCUGCCGACCGACCCGGAAAUGUAUUCAAAGUUUGCAGAGGCGUUGAAGAAGACUUGUGCAAACUACACCAAAGACAACUCGAUGUCUGCUUUCAACGACGUGAUGACACCUGGCAAGUUCGACAACAUGUACUUCCAGAAUCUUCAGAGGGGAUUGGGGCUCCUGGCUUCCGACCAUGCACUUGUUAAGCACCGUAAGACGAAGCCAAUCGUCGAUUUGUAUGCUUCGAACCAAACGGCCUUCUUUGAGGAAUUUUCACAAGCCAUGGAGAAGCUUAGCGUUUAUGGUGUCAAGACCGAUCUGGAGGGAGAGGUGAGGCGCAAGUGCGACGCGUUCAACACUCUCAAGACAUAGAAAUUGUGUUCUUGUUUCGAUAAUUUAAUUCAU